AUGACACUUUCAUAUAUCUCUGCCUUGUUUUUGCUAGUUUCUCUAUUAUCAAUCUCUUUCACGUUAACAAGCGUGAGAGCAGAUUUGAUAAGCGAUGUUUGCUCAAAAACACAAAAACCAGCAAUAUGUUUAUCGGCUCUACGAGGGGAUUCUCGAUCUAAAGGUGCAAAUCUUGAAGGCCUUGCGACAAUCUCAAUAGACAUAUCACUAAAGAACAUGCAAUUUUCACAUGAUCUUGUUAAUACAUUGUUUAAACAGGCUACAGAUCCAAAAUUAAAGACACGAUAUAGUUCGUGUUUGGAGAACUAUAAUGAUGGCAUUGAUGAUCUUAGAGGAUUGCCUGCUCUUUUAAAGUCUAGAGAUUAUUCUGGUUUGAAUAUUCAUGCAUCUGCUGCUUUGGAUGAUCCUUCUACGUGUGAUGACAAUUUUUCAGAUCCACCCGCUGAAGCACCCCAAUUGAAAGCAGCUAGUGAGAAGGUUCAAGGACUUAUUGGUAUAAUUUUGGUUAUUAGCAAUCUACUGAAAUGA